UGCUUUGGUGAAAUCUUAUCAAAGCUAAAUUCAGUCAGGAUCUCUGAAAAAUCUUGGAUUUAUCCGCCGUCUUGGCUUCGUAAACCAGGCAGGCGGACCGUCGGCCGUUUUCAACGCUGAGAGUUUCCCAGCAGCCUGACCAGAGGCGGCCGGUGGGAGGAGGCAGAGACCCCGCAGGAGCAGCCCGAUCCGACACAGCCUGUCCGCUCUCCACAAGAGGAAGGACCCAUCAGCACUAACCGAUGUCUACGGAGUUUUCAGAAGGCCAAGACCUCGACAGACUGGAAGAAGAGCAGCAGACGUCAGAAUCUCAGAUCAGACUGAUAAACGACGGGAUGGCGUCCAUACCGGAGUACUACGCCGGGAAGAGCGUUUUGAUCACAGGAGCCACCGGCUUCAUGGGGAAGGUGCUGGUGGAGAAGCUGCUGCGGAGCUGCCCAGACGUCAAAGCCCUCUACAUCCUGGUCAGACCCAAAGCCGGCCAGUCCAUGAAGCAGCGGGUCAGCGACAUGAUGAAAUGCAAGCUUUUUGACAGGGUGAGGGAGGAGAACCCCGACUUCCACCAGAAGAUCGUCCCAAUCAGCAGCGAGCUGACGCAGCCGGGCCUGUCCAUCAGCGCGGCGGACGUGGAGCGGCUCACCGCCUGCGUCAACAUCGUCUUCCACUGCGCCGCCACCAUCCGCUUCGACGAGCCGCUAAAGCACGCCCUGCAGCUGAACGUGAUCGCCACGCAGCAGCUCCUCAGCCUGGCGCAGCAGAUGCACCACCUCGAGGCCUUCAUUCACAUCUCCACCGCCUAUGCAAACUGCAACCGCAAGUACAUCGACGAGAUCAUCUACCCGCCGCCGGUCGAGCCCAAGAAGCUCAUCGAGUCUGUCGAGUGGAUGGACGACGGCAUCGUGCGGGACAUCACGCCGCGGCUCAUCGGCGACCGGCCCAACACGUACACGUACACCAAAGCCCUGGCGGAGUGCGUGGUGCAGCAGGAGCAGGACAAGCUGAACAUUGGCAUCAUCAGACCCUCCAUAGUGGGAGCCAGCUGGCAGGAACCUUUCCCCGGUUGGAUCGACAACUUCAACGGGCCGAGCGGCGUCUUCAUCGCAGCGGGGAAGGGGAUCCUGCGCACGAUGAGGGCCAACAACGACGCCGUGGCCGACCUGAUCCCCGUCGACGUCGUCAUCAACCUGACGCUGGCCGCCGGCUGGUACACCGCCGUGCACAGGCCUAAAACGGCUCUGGUGUACAACUGCACGACCGGCGGCAUCAACCCGUUCCACUGGGGGGAGAUCGAGCACCAUGUCAUGUCGUCCUUUAAGAGGAACCCGUUGGAGCAGGCUUUCCGCAGACCCAACGCCAACAUCACCUCCAACUACCUGAUCAACCAGUACUGGAUCCUGGUCAGCCACAAGUUCCCGGCCUUCAUCUACGACCUCUUCCUCCGUCUGUGUGGACAGAAGCCGCAGAUGAUGCGCAUCUUCAACCGGCUGCACAAGGCGAUCCACCUGCUGGAGUACUUCAGCAGCCAGGACUGGGAGUGGAGCUCGGAGAACGUGAACAUGCUGAUGGGCCAGCUGACCCCUGAGGACAGAAAGACAUUUAACUUUGACGUGCGUCAGCUGAACUGGCCCGAAUACAUCGAGAAUUACUGCAUCGGCACCAAGAAGUACGUCCUGAACGAAGACAUGUCCGACAUUCCUGCUGCCAGGCAGCAUCUCCGAAAGUUGAGGAACAUCCGGUACACCUUCAACACCCUGCUGGUGGUCUUCAUCUGGCGGGUGUUCAUCGCCCGCUCCCAGAUGGCCAGAAACAUCUGGUACUUUGUGGUCAGCCUCUGUUUCAAGUUCCUCUCCUACUUCCGUGCUUCCAGCACCUUAACCAACUGAGUCUUCCUCACAGCCUUGAGCCGGAGACAGGCAGCCUUCGCCUUCAGCUGUCAGCGGUAAAAAACAAAACAAAAAAAAGUCACCUUAAACUCAGACGUUCCUGACGUGGACAAACAGGGCUCUCUGCACGGACGUCUGACAGAAGGAAAAUAACGAGGUCUAUUUGCUAUGUAGUUACUGGUUGAGUUGGGAAACUUGACAUUAACCGGUCAGAAAAACCCUGUCCUACAAAGAAAAUGUUGUCUUUUUAUUUUCUACCCAAUGUUUUCCUUCAAAGUGGCCAAUUAUAUAUGCAACAAUACGCCUUCUGUGUGACUUCCCACUUCCUUCCCCGACCUCCUGCCUUGUGACAGCUGUUCUCCAUACUUGAAAUGCAUCAUUGCAGCAGAGGUGGACUGACUCUACGUAGUUAUUUUUAUUUUAUGUUGUUUUGUUCUUGAAUAUGUCUCGCAUUAUGUGCAUCUACUGCCUUUUUAAGAUGACUGUCCAGACGAUUUGCCCACACAUGACAUCAGAACGCUGAGACAAGCUAGGCUCGACCGGAUGUCUUUGAGGGCGAACCUGAAUCCUCAUCUGCUUUGUUUGUACAGCUGUUUGUACUGAAGUGGGUUUACUACUUUUACAUCUUUAUACUUGCACCAAAAAGCAAGUCUGAUUGUGUGUUAGACCUCAGCAGUGUGGUAUAUAUAUAAAUAAUAGUACAUCAGAGUGGAUUUUAUUUAUAUAGCAUUGUACAAACUGUAGAUGGUUCCUUAAAAUGGUCCUAAUCAGGGUGUUGAGAGGAUGACCUAAAAGAUUUUUAAAUAAAGUGCAGUGGACCCCCGAUGUCCCCUGGUUUAAAAACCCUCAGCUACCAACUUUAACAACUAAAAACACAAAAUAAAUCUUAAUUCGCAUUGAUGCACAUGGUGGGAACUGUUUCAGCAUUGCCAAGUUCCUGCUCGGCAAUCAGUCUUGGUAAAAAUGUUGAUUCGUCGAUGCCUUGCAGUUCAUUCUUCCAAUUAAAUAUAAUUUCUGAAAACCCUGUGAAUCAAUUGGAAAUCUUGUCACGCAACAAAUAAAUCAGCAAAGGGUCGUUUAAAACGGUUCUUCAUUUUGACUUUAUCUCCAAAUAUUGGUGGGCCUUAAAUUGUACGUAUUAAUAACCUAAAUCAGCCAAUCACAAACUAAAUCAGCUGUUCAGAUGUUUCUCCCAGUACACAGCUCACUGCUCCUGUUCGUCUGAAGCUAAAAUGGCUGCAGGUCAGUUUGGCGUCUGCCGUCAUUUCUGUGCACUGAUGAAAACUAACGGCGCUCUGAUAUUGGCUGCUUCACAAACAACACCAGUUUCACUCCGUUGAGGUACUUUAACUGCGUUUUCUUUCAAUCAAAUUAGAUUUACUCUACGAGAAGAAUUAUGUUCCGAAGAAAAAUCUACAAAAACCGAAUUGAGAACAGGUGGAGGUCCACUGCACUGGAGAUGAAUGAAGGAUUAUGAUGCAUCUAACGCUAAAGAACUCAAAGCAGUUUUAAAAAGUAUUUGUCCAAUAUCAAUCAUAUAAUUUAUUUGGGUGUGGGGAGUGUUAAGUGAACGAUUCAGAGUGAAAUCAAAGUGGUAACCGUUAGCAAUAGUUGUUUCUCUGAAAAAUACACUCUGAAGGAGUCCAAGUACACAACCAUGAGGGACGCCACAUCUAACAGAAUGGAGAAGCGCUGCUAUUUAAGGGAGGAGACCCAUUUGUUUGGCGUGGUUGGUAUCCAGUUUUAUAAGAAAACUUUAGCUUACCAAAAACUUGUAUUUGUUGAAUCAUUGCUGUAUUCACAGGACUACAGAGCUUCCCUCUAACUACAAGAAGUAUUUAACGUAAAGUCUGAGGGGAACUGGGCGGGCGGUGUUGUCGGCUUUUAAACUGAAUGAGCUCUUAUGGGAGAAAAAGGGAAGAAACUAAAUGUUUAUGCAAAACUCUGGUUUUGUUGUGUGUCUGCGUCGGGUCGUGCUCGGACUGCGUGAUGAUUCGGUUUCGUCAGGUCGUCCCCAAACAGCUACAGGGCUAUCUUCAUGCUGUCAUCCAUGUUUGUCCGUUUGGUAACAGCACCGUCUUUGUUCACUCAAAAUGCGACGCCGGCGCGAACGGCAACACAUAACCGAGAACAUCUUAUUCUCACUGGUGUCAUUUUUGCUAAUUGUUUGACCACCUGUGUUCCCCGCUCUGACGAGAUUCAGUCUGCUUGGCAAAACUGAAAUAAAGUGGAUAAAAAGCG